CCCCGCCCCCGGCACUCGGCCGGCGGCGCCUUUGAUGUUCGGACCCGCCAGCUCCCGGAGCCGCUCUGCCCGGCGCCCUAGCCCGCGCCUGCAGCCCGCCCAGGCGGAGUCAGCCCGCGCUCCGCCCGCCGCGAUCCGAGCUCGGAGGUUCGGACUCCGGGCUCGCCGCCCCCCGGGCCGGCUGCGCGCCCCGCACUCCCCGCGCCCAGCGCCCCGCGCCACGGCGAGCGGAGCGCACCAUGCCGCAGCUGGACUCAGGCGGGGGCGGCGCGGGCGGCGGCGACGACCUCGGCGCACCGGACGAGCUGCUGGCCUUCCAGGAUGAGGGCGAGGAGCAGGACGACAAAAUCCGCGACAGCGCCGCCGGUCCCGAGCGCGACCUCGCCGAGCUCAAGUCGUCGCUCGUGAACGAGUCCGAGGGCGCGGCCGGCGGCGCAGGGAUCCCGGGGGCCGGCGCCGGGGCCCUCGGCGAGGCCGAGGUCGGGGCCGAGGCUCUCGGGCGGGAGCACGCUGCGCAGAGACUCUUCCCGGACAAACUUCCAGAGCCCCUGGAGGACGGCCUGAAGGCCCCGGAGUGUACCAGCGGCAUGUACAAAGAGACCGUCUACUCCGCCUUCAAUCUGCUCAUGCACUACCCACCCCCCUCGGGAGCAGGGCAGCACCCCCAGCCGCAGCCCCCGCUGCACAAGGCCAAUCAGCCCCCCCAUGGUGUCCCCCAACUCUCUCUCUACGAACAUUUCAACAGCCCACACCCCACCCCUGCACCUGCGGACAUCAGCCAGAAGCAAGUUCACAGGCCUCUGCAGACCCCUGACCUCUCUGGCUUCUACUCCCUGACCUCAGGCAGCAUGGGGCAGCUCCCCCACACUGUGAGCUGGCCCAGCCCUCCUCUCUACCCCUUGUCCCCUUCCUGCGGAUAUAGACAGCACUUCCCUGCCCCCACUGCAGCCCCUGGCGCCCCCUACCCCAGGUUCACCCACCCGUCCUUGAUGCUAGGUUCUAGUGUACCUGGUCACCCAGCAGCCAUCCCCCACCCGGCCAUUGUGCCCCCCUCAGGGAAGCAGGAGCUUCAGUCCUUCGACCGCAACCUGAAGACACAGGCAGAGUCCAAAGCAGAGAAGGAGGCCAAGAAGCCAACCAUCAAGAAGCCCCUCAAUGCCUUCAUGCUGUACAUGAAGGAGAUGAGAGCCAAAGUCAUCGCAGAGUGCACACUUAAGGAGAGUGCUGCCAUCAACCAGAUCCUGGGCCGCAGGUGGCAUGCGCUGUCGCGAGAAGAGCAGGCCAAGUACUAUGAGCUGGCCCGCAAGGAGAGGCAGCUGCACAUGCAACUAUACCCAGGCUGGUCAGCGCGGGACAACUACGGGAAGAAGAAGAGGCGGUCGAGGGAAAAGCACCAAGAAUCCACCACAGAUAACUCUCUUCACUAUUCCUAGGAGGAAAAAGAAAUGCAUUCGGUACUUACCCGGAGAAGGCCGCUGCCCCAGCCCCGUUCCUUCCGAUGACAGUGCUCUAGGCUGCCCCGGGUCCCCAGCUCCCCAGGACUCACCCUCUUACCAUCUGCUGCCCCGCUUCCCCACAGAACUGCUUGCUAGCCCCGCGGAGCCGGCACCUACAUCCCCAGGUCUCUCCACUGCUCUCAGCCUCCCAACCCCAGGGCCCCCACAGGCCCCCCGCAGCACUCUGCAGAGUACACAGGUACAGCAACAGGAAUCUCAGAGACAGGUGGCCUAGCAGGCACAGGACAUCUGGCCGCCUCCAGGAGCCUACCCUCUGAGAGAAAGCAGCAGAGACCCAGAUCGCGUGAAAACCAGCCAGGGGUCCUGUGAACUCCAUCUCAGGGUCCAGACCCUGAAGAUUUCAGAGGCUGCAAAAUUUCUACCUGAACCUGAGGCCAUCGAUUCAAACUGCUCCAAGUGGUGGGAAUCAGAUCUGUGUUGAUGUGUCAUCUAAUUAAGGGAAUCCCUUGUACCUAUGGCUGCCUGCAUCUAUUCUUUGUACCAUCUGUCUUGCCAGCCAGAAGCCUCUGCCUCUCUAGCUUUUCUGCUCUAGGUUAGAGAUGGGCUGAACUGAGCCUAGCUACCUUCUCUGUCUCCCCCAUCCCCCCACUGCCACACCCUCCCCAUUCAUGGACCAAGAAUGACCCGGUUUGUCAAACAACUUGUGAGCAUGGUCACAGCCACAAAGCUCAAGAUGACAACUCUUUUAAGGAAAUGGAGAAGCUCUGUUUAUAAAACAAAACCAGCUGCUACUCAUAAGUUGGACCAGAGGAAGCCUCUUACCAUGUUCUCAGGAGCUUGCGAGAAGCAGGGAGGGGAAUGGAAUAGGUUAAGUUUAGGCCUAUCAACCUAAGCAACAGAAAUAACCUGACACUACCUUACCAGGCAAGUUGGGGAGCGGGGGUGUAUCUAGCUCUAGUUCAAAUUAUUUGGAAGUGCUUCUUGAGAAACUCACUGGCCUAAGAGGCUCUGAUACCAAGGCCCCAGGCUUGUCACUGGCAGCGCAGUCAACAGUUCAAAGAAGUCAUGGCCCAAAUUCAGUGUGCACCCCUCCCCACUCACAGAGCCUUUUUCACAGUUCCAUUUCCAGUUUAUGGCAGUCCAGCCAGCUCCUGGGCAGCUGUGAGAUGGCAAACCCAAAACCUCACGAUAGCCAGAGCCUGUUUUCCAGCAUUCAGUCCAGACCAGCUCCAGUUUCCCCAUGGGGCUGCGGGACAGAGGACCAUUACAACUAGAUCAAGGAGCCCAGAAAACCUCCAGUAGUGGAAACAGGUUUUCACCAUAGCCUACUUUAACCCAUUUUUGAGCCAAGCUUCAACCCUGAGCCUUGAAAAACAAGUCUUUUUUUAAUUUAAUUUUUGUUUUUUGCCUCCUUCUCAUCGUACGUAGCCUGAAUCCAAAGAAAAAGGGCUGCCUGGCCGGGUGCGGUGGCUCACGCCUGUAAUCCCAGCACUUUGGCAGGCCGAGACAGGUGGAUCACCUGAGGUCGGUAGUUUGGGACCAGCCUGGCCAACAUGGUGAAACCCUGUACCUACUAAAAAUACAAAAAUUAGCCAGAUGUGGUGGUGUGCGUGUGUAAUCCCAGCUACUCAAGACGCUGAGGUGGGAGAAUUGCUUGAAUCCGGGAGGUGGAGGUUACAGUGAGCCAAGAUGGUGCUACUGCACUCCAGCCUGGGUAAUAGGGAGAGUGUGUCUCAAAAAACAAAAAAAAAGAGGGCUGUCCAUGUACUCACACACCCCUCAAAAAAAGCCUUUAGUUCCUACUUUAGCCACUGGUUUCUCAGAAUCCAAAGAUCACAUGUUCUAGUGUAACACUGCAAGAAGUCUUGAGAAAAAGAUUAGUGUUCAAAAUAUUUUUGCAUUGUUAAUACAUCAUCAUAGAAAAACUUUUUUAAACAUGAGAAUAAAGAUACUUUUUACUGGG